CCUGAUUAUAAUAAUUUUAUUUUAUUUAAGAUCAAAUAGAUACACAAAUAUUAUUACGGAUUUACCUACAUAUAUUCGUGAUCUGGAGAAUCUCUUCUACCCAUACCCAUUUUAUUACCGAAAUUCUGAGACGUUAUUCUAAAGCCGAACCAUUUUUACUACUGAAAUAUUCUUUACACAAGCUGAUUUCACAUUUUUUUUUUACCUACAUGGCAACUAGAUUCCUUUUUACAUUAUGCAAUCAAAUUGUAAUUCUUAACAAAAUUUUUCCCUUUGAAAUUUGUUUACAAACAUUUUUUAUCUUACUUUUAAAUUUGUGUUCGUUUUCUAAAAAAAAAAAAUUUGAAGUGUAUCUUGGCAUUGUAAAAAUUUGCGCGUAAAAAAAUAUGGUUUUUUAUCCCGAAUAUCAUUAUGAUGACGAUUGUGGUGUAGCGAAGUUUUUUAUGCGCCUCUCCGGUUGGGCUUUCAAUGCAUUUGCGCUUACAGAGCUACCAGAGGGUUAUGUUGAGAAUGGUGACUUUGGACCGCGUGUCGCAAAGCAUGAUUGGUUUGAGUUGCUGGCGAAGUUUCCAUUGCUGAUCGCAUUAUUAGUCAUUGCGGCGUUCACGACGCUUAUUUGGCUCUUUUGGCUAUGCUGUACUGUCAGAGGUCUACAAAAAUCUAGAAGGAAGAGCCAUCGUUGCUGUCUUUGCUUUACCACGCUCAUGUUGUUGCUGUUAUUGUUGCCACUUGCAAUUGGUUUGUAUUUGACUUUUCGCACGAAUUAUUUGCUACGCAGAACCAAAGACGAUUCGAAAAAAUUAAUGGAUACAGCUAGAUCAUCAGCAUUGGACGAUGAGCAUGCAAAUUUUUUGACUCAAACUGAAUAUGAAGCUAGUCCCACACAACUUUUUAUAGAAACCAAUAUAACGAUAAGUAAAGAAUUCGCUAAUUGGCAGCAAAUAAUAGCCCAAAAUGAGCAGAAGGACUUUGAACAACUCAAAUAUUUGUAUAGUAAUCGAGAUUUUUAUUCAACUUCUCUCAAGUUAUUAAAAGACUUCGCUUAUGAGUUGGUAAUACUCGGCUUGGAAAUGGAUGAUUUACUGCGCAUAGUUUUGCGAGAAGCCUUCGUAUUUCUACAAGCAAACGUCAAUAAUGCGUCCUUAAUAGAAAGCGCAAUGCUGAAAACAGAGCGUAUAAAUGUGCGGCAUUUAAAUGCAGUCUACUCGCAGUACUUGCACGCAUAUGAAUAUUUGGAGUACUUAUUGAAGUCAUAUGAGAAUAUCUCACAUCUACAAGAAUCGAUAGCUGGCAGCACAGCGACCGCAGCUGUGAGUGAAAACAGUUUAUUCGCGACGCCCAGUUUACGGCAACUUCCAAAGAAAUACAUGUACGAUAGAUCAUCGACGGAAAAUCCAAAAAUCCUUAGUCCUAUUCUGUAUGUAGCGAUGACUAUGUUUUUUGCAACAGCUGCCCUUGCUUACAUUUUACUUAUGGCACUCGGAUUCGGCAUUUGCCGUUACUAUGCGCGAGCCAUUUGCAUGCUUAAAAUCUUUCUUUUUCUCAAUAUAUUGACCAUACCUAUGCUAGCCUUUUUAACAGUCCUACAUUUUCUGCCCACCAUGGUGUUGCAUACAGGAAUUUGUCAUCAGAGUGGUUUUCGAUCUUAUCGCACCGCUGAGUCUCGGCGCUGUGAUCCAAUUGAUAAUAUCGAUGCCAACGAAGCUUUCGACAAUGAAAACAAGGAACUGUCAGCCGCUGAGCAAAUGCGUGAUAAUAUUUUAACGAAAGUCGAGCGCAUGCUACCAAGGUCAAAUAUUUUUCAAAACAAUUACACAAAUAACCAAAAGUAUGUAGUGGACUUGCCGCAAGAGAAGUGGUACGAAAACGACGUACAAGGUCUCAUAAUUAACGAAGACUAUUCAAGCUACGAAAGCUACAUCAAAGAGAAUACAACUGGCACUGAUAUAUUCUCAUGCAAACUGAAUUCUAUAUCAAAUGCCCUGAAGAUAGAUUUGUAUGACAAAGUAUUUAUACCUAUCGCUACAGAAUUCUACGAAGUGCUAAGCAAGUUUAAGAAGCGUGCACAGACGAAUGGUUAUGAGAGCUUUAUAAAAUGUUUAGAAAGUGCUCAAAGUGAGUUGGUUGUUUUCGAAAAGUUUUAUGCGCUGUCGAAAGACAAUUUUUUGGCUACAUUGCGUGAAAAGUUGGAUAAAAAGUUGAGAAAAAACAGCAAUACUUUACAUUGGUCCGCACCCUGCUACUCUAGUCAACGUAGUGCAACGAAUCAGUCGUCAAAAUGCGGUUGUUUGGAAGAUUUACUGAUGAUCUACGCUAUCGGCAGUGCCUUGCUAGUAUUCACACUAUUUUUUGCGAUGUUACUUAGCCUUUUGCUAUACAAACUCUAUAAACGCGGACCACCCAUUUUUGGCUGCCCUCAACCACCGAAACCAGACGGGUGUUUGCGUGCUCCACUAGCAGCUGCAGGAACUCUUGCGCAAUCUACAAUGGAUGGCAAAGAUUGUGCUGUCCAUAUAAAUAGCGAAAUCAUAUCGCAACGUCCCCAAACGGGUGCAAACUGUGCUGGAGCGCAGCACGGUAUACCGCUCAUUAAUACCGUAAACUUUAUACCGCCAGUGAUGGGUACUUUUGGCUGUCAACAGAAUCCAUCGACGAUAUAUCCAACAAACUGUCAACAGAGCUCGGCGCAAAUUAGUGCAGGAAGUUGUCAACGAAAUUCACCACAGAUGUGUGCAACAACCUGUCAACAUAACUCAACACAGAUGUGCGAUAGCAAUCAAAAAGAUGGCGUUAUUUUGCCCUUGCCUUGUCGCAGUAGAACACAAACGAGCUGCGUCGGUGCAGAAGCGCAAUUAGUAGGUGGUGGCAGAACAAAUGACAAAACAGUAACCGUAAUGGUUUUCCAAGGACCCAAGGAUCGUCAACCGUUAGUCACAUAUCCACCGCCGCGCAAAUUGGAAAAGAAAUAAUUAUGAAAUUUUGUAAUUUGUUAUUUAGAACACCCAUAUUAUUUGUUAUCGUCGUAGCUGUCAUUUAGAUAUUUCUUUCGUAAUAAAAAGUCAAAUAUGUACUUCAAAUAUU